AUGGCUCCCUCUACCGUCAAGCUCGCAUCUGGCCAUGAAAUGCCCCUAGUAGGCUUUGGCCUCUGGGAAGUUCCCGCCGACCAAGCAGCUGAGACCGCCAUCAAGUCCGGAUACAGACUCUUCGACGGAGCAUACGAUUACCAAAACGAAAAGGAAGCGGGCCAAGGUAUCCAGCGCGCUAUCAAGGAGGGACUUGUGAAGCGUGAGGAUAUCUUUGUCACCACGAAGCUUUGGAACAACUACCACGCGAAAGAACAUGCCCUCGCUUUUGCCCAGUCCCAGAAUGAGGCAUGGGGUCUUGGAUAUAUCGAUUUGUAUCUCAUCCACUUCCCGGUUGCCCUCGAGUAUAUCGAGCCUGAGAAACGACGCUAUCCUGCCUGGUGGAUGGAUGAUCAGGGUGCUGUCAAGCCGGCUAACAUCCCCAUCCGCGAGACAUGGGAGGCGCUCGAGGAAGUUGUCGACCGCGGUAUCGCCAAGUCCAUCGGCGUGUCGAACUUCCAAGCCCAGUCCCUCUAUGAUGUGCAGUGCUACUCGCGUCACCCUGUGUCCUCUCUGCAGAUAGAGCACCACCCCUACCUUGUCCAGCCAGACCUCAUUGCCAUGGCUCAAGAGAACAAUAUCGCUGUCACAGCCUACUCCUCAUUUGGACCCCAAAGCUUCAAGGAGCUUCUCGGCAUCUUCUCUAAGAGAGCUCACGGUGCUGAGCCUCUUCUUGAGUCUAGUCUCAUCAAGGGCAUUGCUGGAAAAUAUGGCAAGACUCCUGCUCAGGUUCUGCUACGGUGGGCAACUCAGCGCGACAUUGCUGUCAUUCCCAAGUCAAACAACCCCAGCCGCUCGGCGCAGAAUCUGGAUGUUGUGAGUUUUGACCUUUCUCAAAAAGAAAUCGAGAGCAUCUCUGCCCUGGACCGCGGGUUAAGGUUCAACGAUCCUGGCUUUUAUCUUCCCAACUUUCCUCUCCGUAUCUUUGCUUAA